GCAGUUGCCUGCCAGCAAGAUAAAGUCACAGAGGCCUUAACCCUUUGAAAACUAAUCAUUUCAUUAACCCUGCCUGCUUCCCUCACUUCACUUGAAGAAGAUGCAAAUGCCAUCUUUCCUUCUCAUUUUCUUCCUUUCUCUUCUCUCUCUUUUCUCUCAACCUUCUCAUUCCACCACCAUUCUUGUUGAUGGUGUUUCAGAGUGGAAGAAUCCAACUGUUCAUGUAGGAGAUUCCAUCAUUUUCAAAAGCAAGUAUAACUACAGCCUCUACAUUUUCAAGAACAAGGAUGCCUUCAAUCUCUGCAAUUUCACUCAAGCCACUCUUCUCACCCGAAAAAACUCCACCUCUUACACAUGGCAUCCUUCACGCUCUGGUUUCUUCUACUUCACCUUCAACAAUGGCUUGCUGAAAACGUGCCAAGACGCUCAAAAGCUCUCCAUAGAGGUGUUGUUAUCGCAUGAUGCAAGCAUUAUUUCUCCGCAACACCCUCCAAUGGAGGCUCCGGCACCGGUUUCAGGCGGUGGUAUUUCGUCUUCUCCAGCAUAUCCAUGGCCUUUCCGCCCCCGCCAAGAGGGUGCUUCUCCAGGUCCAGCACCGGUUAGUGGCGAAGCUACUUCUCCUGUGACAAUGCCAUCAUUGGGGCCGGAUAAAGGAGGCGGCAUGCCUUUUAUUAACAGUAACCCCGCCGUUCCUUUGCCUACUGGUGAAGUGGAUUCUGCUACUAUAAGACCUCUGCCCACUUCAGGCCAAUCCAGACAGGUGGUGGUGGGGUUUGUGGCAGGUCAAAUGGUCAUAUUUUCUGCAGUUUUCCUGCUGCUGUAAAAAGAGGUGAGACAAAAAAUUGUGGGCAUUUGUAUAAAGGCAAGUAAACAAUUAUGUAGAAGCUAGCAGCAGUAGUUUCAGGCUUUAGUAGUUUUUUGGUUAUUAAGAGAGAGUAAAGUAGCUUUAAGAGUUAUUAUAUGUAAUUUACCAUAUUGCAGGAUGUAUGGUGAUUGAUGCUUUCUUUCUGGUCUCUA